AUUUAGAUUCUCAGUUCUCUCUAACCCGGGCUCAGCGGGUCAGGGCGGCCAUGUUUCCAGAGACCCUGGUUGAGGAGGAGGCAGCCAUGCCCGUCCAAUCAGAUCCUUCACAACAGAGCAACGUGCAGCGUCUUGCUGAGCCCUCUCACCUGCUGAAGAAUGCUAUAGUCCACCUGAUAAACUACCAGGACGACGCAGAGCUGGCCACCCGGGCCGUACCGGAGCUCACCAAGCUGCUGGCCGACGAUGACCCGGUUGUGGUGAACAAAGCAGUCAUGAUAGUCAACCAGCUGACUCGUAAGGAGGCCAGUCGCCGGGUGCUGGUGCAGUCUCACACCAUUGUAGGCGCUGUGGUGCGCGCCAUGACAACAGCAGCUGACGUGGAGACGGCCCGUUGUGCGGCCAGCGUGCUGCACUGCCUGUCCCACCAGAGAGAGGGGCUGCUGGCCAUAUUCAAGUCUGUAGGGAUCCCAGCACUGGUCCGCAUGCUGAGGUAG